GGUGGAAGAGGGGGAUUGCAUUGCAGCACACCCGUGCGUAAAUGUGACCAUCCUCUCCGUGGUCCCUCCAUCCCUCCAUCCUCUCCUCCUCCAGCCUCCAGCCUCCAGCUCUCCUCCUCUCGGAUCACCAGCUCGGUGGUCGCUGGUCAUCUUUGGACCGUGGAGUCCCGGGUGUCUCGCCUCGGCGCCCUCCUCCAGGGGUUAGGAGGAGCGCCGGGGACGUCGUCCAGGUUCCUGCCGGGCUUCGUGACCGGAGAUGCGGCCGGAGAGAGCCAGGGCUCCUCGGAGAGACGCCCCGAGAGACGCGGCUCGACCCGCUCUCGGAUGCCCGUGAUGAGAGGUCUGAUCGCGCCUCAGAACACCUUCCUGGAUACCAUCGCUACUCGCUUCGAUGGAACCCACAGUAACUUCGUCCUGGGGAACGCCCAGGUCCAGUCCCUCUAUCCCAUCGUCUACUGCUCCGAUGGCUUCUGCGAACUGACCGGCUUCGCCCGUGGCGAGCUGAUGCAGAAGAGCUGCAUGUGUCACUUCCUGUACGGCAGCGAGACCAGCGACCGCCUCACCUCGCAGAUGCAGAAAGCUCUGGACGAACGACGGGAGUUCAAGACUGAGAUCGUUCUGUACAAGAAGAGCGGCUUCAAGUUCUGGUGUCUGCUGGACAUUGUGCCCAUAAAGAACGAGAAGAGCGAAGUGGUUCUGUUCCUGGUGUCACAUAAGGACAUCACGGAAAAUAAGGACCAGGACCAUGGCAAUGAAUCUGACACUGAUGAGGAAACCGGCCUGGAGAUCCACCAGAUCAGCCGCCCUCCAGGCCUCAACAUGGAGCGCCGCCGCAGCCGGGCCGUCCUCUACCAGCUGUCUGGACACCUGCAGAAACAGGACAAAACCAAGAGCAAGCUGAAGAUCAACAAUAGUGUUCUUGGAGCCAAUGCGAACCCGGUCCCAGAGUACAAGGUGGCGGACAUCCAGAGGUCCCGUUUAAUCCUCCUCCACUACGGCGCGUUCAAGGCCGGCUGGGAUUGGCUCAUCUUGUUGGCCACCUUCUACGUCGCCGUCACCGUCCCCUAUAACGUGUGCUUCACCGCGGCGGAGGUACGAGAGGACGGCGCCUCGGCGGCACGCAACCCUCCGAGUGUCAGCGACAUCUUGGUGGAGAUACUUUUUAUCAUCGAUAUCGUGCUGAACUUCCGCACCACCUUCGUGAGCACGUCGGGUCAGGUCGUGUACGACGCCCGCUGCAUCUGCAUCCACUACGUCACAUCCUGGCUGUUUGUGGAUCUGAUCGCCGCCUUGCCCUUUGACCUGCUCUACGCCUUCAACAUCAGCGUGAACUUCGGGGUCCACCUGCUGAAGACGGUGCGCCUCCUCCGCCUCUUACGCCUCCUACAGAAGCUGGAUCGCUACUCCCAGUACAGCGCUGUGGUCCUCACCCUGCUCAUGUCGACCUUCGCCCUGCUGGGCCACUGGAUGGCCUGCGUCUGGUACUUCAUCGGACGCAGCGAGAUCGAAAGUAAUAGCAUCGCCUCCUGGGACGUAGGCUGGCUCCAUGAACUGGCCAAACGCUUGGGAACGCCGUACUUCCUGUCCCCGCUGACCUCCCUGUUGGGAGUCUCCGAUUCGUCUCAAGGCACCAUGACAUCAACACUGACCAAUUACAGCCAGUGGAACGGCUCGGGGAUUAUGGCGGGUUUGCUGGGUUCGGGCCAAUGGAACGGCAGCAGGACCAGAGCGAGGACGCCCAACGGCUCGGGGACGACGCUGAGCGGCGGCCCGUCCGUCAGGAGCUCCUACGUGACGUCGCUGUACUUCGCUCUGAGCAGUCUGACCAGCGUGGGCUUCGGCAACGUUUCAGCCAACACGGACUCUGAGAAGAUCUUCUCCAUCUGCACCAUGCUGAUUGGAGCAUUAAUGCAUGCCGUGGUGUUUGGUAAUGUGACCGCCAUCAUCCAGAGGAUGUACUCGCGCCGCUCCCUCUACCACACCCGCACCAAGGACCUGAAAGACUUCAUCCGGGUACACCGGCUUCCCAAGGCCCUUGAGCAACGCAUGAUGGAGUGUUUCCAGACGACGUGGUCCGUCAAUAACGGUAUUGACGUCAGCGAGCUGCUGAAGGACUUCCCAGACGAGCUGAGGGCCGACAUCGCCAUGCAUCUGAACAACGAGCUGCUGCAGCUGUCGCUCUUUGAGUCGGCCAGCAGGGGGUGUCUGCGCUCCCUCUCCCUCAUCAUCAAGACCUCCUUUUGCGCCCCCGGGGAGUUCCUCAUACGCCAGGGCGACGCCCUCCAGGCUAUCUAUUUCGUGUGCUCCGGCUCCAUGGAAGUACUGAAGGACAACACUGUGCUGGCCAUUCUGGGUCGGGGCGACCUGAUUGGCUCCGACUGUCUGACCCAGGAGGAAGUGAUUAAGACCAACGCCUGCGUGAAGGCCCUGACCUACUGUGACCUGCAGUACAUCAGCCUCAAAGGCCUCCGCGAGGUGCUCUGUCUCUACCCCGACUACGCCCAGAAGUUCGUCACCGAGAUCCAGCACGAUCUCACGUACAACCUCCGGGAGGGACACAACACUGAGGCUGAAUGCGAGAGCAACGGCGGGAUCAUGAAGAAGCUUCCAUCCAUCAAGGAGGACGAGGAGGGAUCAGGGUCCGAGGGCGAGCACUCGCCUCUCCCCAAGCUGCCUCCUCUGGGCCGGCUGGGCCGAGGCCUGCGCUCCCCCCUGCGCUCCCCUCUGCGCUCCCCGCUGCUGCCGCCGAGGGCCUUCAGAGCGGCGAGCGAUCACAUCCGGCCCACCAGCCUGCAGAUCCCCGUGGUGAGCUUCAGCUGCCUGCAGCCGGACCUCAGCCCUCGGUUUGUGGACGGGAUCGAGGCAGACAACCAGAGCGGUUCAGCCCAGAAGUUUGAUUUUUCUCCCAGCGCAACCCAGAGUUUCCUACCCAGCCCUGACUCAGCUGCCUCAGGGGCGCGUGACGAGGAUGACACCAUGCAGACUAUCGCUAAGCUAAAGCAUGAGAUGAGCGUCCUUUCCCGCCAGGUGACCGCCGUCAGUCAGGAGCUGCAGGACUUGACGCGUCUUCUCAAGCCCCUCUUCCAUAACCCCUCCUCGCUGCUGGUACCCAGCGCCAUGACUCCGCCUCCCAGCGUGUCAUCACACAGCUGCUCUCCAGCUCUGACCCAACAUGCACCUGUGGACUAUCCGGGCGAACGGAGCCCUCCAUCCAUCCUGGUGCCUGAACCGUCCUCUCCUCAGCCGAGCGUGGCCGAGGCGUUACAAGGAGAUCCCUUUCAGUGUGCACCCAUCACCUCCCGUUAUCCCCCAGUGUGUCACUGCUCAGCUCCUCCGUCACUCAACAGCUCUCCCCACGAGCACACAGUGGUGCCACAUCCCUCCUCCUCCUCCUCCAUCCUCUCCGUUUCUUCAUCAAGCCACCCGUCAUCCAUCACCCCCCUUUUGGUAGACUUAUCAGGACCUGACGGCGAGCAGCCUCAGUCCCGUCUCCCGCUCUUAUCCCACUUCAUACCCCGGUCUCAUCCCCACUCCGUCUCCCAGCCUCAGCUCCGGCCCCUCUUCCAGCCCUCCGGCAUGACCUCACGACCCCGAGAAGCCCUCCUGAACCAGGUGGAAUGGGGGGAGCACACCGCCCAGCUCAGCUUCAUCAACGAAGGACAGCCGUCGGUGUGAACGGAGGAGGAGGAGGACACACGGGGACUGACAGACAAAGCAUGCCGCACAACUUACUGCAUGACAAACGUUUGUCCAAAGUUUGGCAUGUGAGUUAAAAAUGUACAUACUAUCAUAAAGUACGAUCAUGAGCACUAGCUGUAUGCAGAUCUGAUAAUAAAAUAGUUUGUUUUACAGUUUCA